AUGUUUGUGACCUGUUACAUCCGUAAACACAAACAACAGCUGCAGGUUGUUUUGUAGUUUAGAAAUGUGAAGUCUGCGCUGCGUCGCAGUCACGCGGAGCAGGAAACAGCCCGCUGCUGUGAAGGAUGCAGAGUCAUCUGCGUCUCUGCACAUCAUCAUGGCAUCUGGAGCUCUGUUCCCCAGCAUGGUGUCCGGCUCGCGUGGCUCCUCCAGCAAGUACCUGGUGGAGUUUCGGGCAGGUAAGAUGACGAUGAAGGGCAGCACGGUAACUCCCGACAAGCGGAAAGGACAGGUCUACAUCCAGCAGACCGAUGACUCUCUCAUCCACUUCUGUUGGAAGGAUCGGACGACUGGGAACGUGGACGACGACCUGAUUAUCUUCCCCGAUGACUGCGAGUUCAAACGGGUGAAUCAGUGCACAACGGGCCGAGUGUAUGUGCUGAAGUUUAAAGCUGGAUCCAAAAGACUCUUUUUCUGGAUGCAGGAACCAAGAAGUGACAAGGAUGAUGAAUUCUGCCGCAAAGUCAACGAGUAUCUGAACAACCCCCCCAUGCCAGGCACUCUCGGCAGCGGUGGCGGUGGAGGUCAUGACCUUUCUGCCCUCGGAGGUGAAGGCGGUCUGCAAAGCCUACUGGGGAACAUGAGCCACAACCAGCUCAUGCAGCUUAUUGGACCGACUGGACUAGGAGGGAUCGGUGGUCUCGGAGCUCUGGCUGGUCCGGGCUUGACCAAUCUUUUGGGCAGCGGCAGCACCGUUCCUGCUGCCAGCAGCUCUGCUACAAGUCCCUCCACUGUCGUUACGCCCACCACUACCACCUCUGCUGCCAGCCGGCUCAGCUCCACCCAGGUCCCCACCACUCCCAUCACUCCCUCUGCCACCUCUGCAGCCUCACCCACCACCCCGUCCACGCCUGCCGUGACCUCUCUGACAGCGGCGGCGGCGGCGGCGAACCCCACGCAGCCCAUCCAGCUGCGGGACCUGCAGAGCAUUCUGGCCACCAUGAACGUACCUGCCAGCAGUCAGGGAGUGGACCUCGCCAGCGUCCUUACGCCUGAGAUCAUGGCUCCCAUCCUGACCAACUCAGAGGUGCAGGAGCGCCUCAUUCCUUACCUCCCGUCUGGAGAGUCUUUGCUUCAGAGCUCAGAGGAGCUCCACAACACGCUCAGCUCCCCUCAGUUCCAGCAGGCUCUGAGCAUGUUCAGCAGCGCUCUGGCAUCAGGACAGUUGGGUCCACUGAUGAACCAGUUUGGACUUCCAGCAGAGGCUGUGGAUGCAGCCAACAAAGGAGACGUGGAAGCCUUUGCUAAAGCCAUGGAGACAGACUCCAAGUCAGAGCAAGGCAGCGACUCGAAAGACAAGAGGGAGGAUGAUGAAGACAUGAGUUUGGACUGAGAGUCCUUCUUUUAGUUAUUUAAUACGUAUUUAUUUUCCUGCUGCUGUUUGUGUUGAAUCCCAAAUACAGGAGUAACCCUUGUGCUAUCCUAGGCACUUUACCAUUGGGAGUUGGGUCAUCUAGACCCACUAGACAGUGCUUUGAACCUUUUUUCUUCAAUGUUUUGUGAUCCUCACUGGUGUCCAUGGAUUACAUGAAAUCUUUCCACCUUUAUUCACCUUUGUCAUGGUAGGAAUAACACGUCAAUGUAAGGGUGGGGUCAUCUAAGAUAGCACAAGGGUUAACUUGAGAUAAAAAUCAAUGAUUUAUUAGUGGUUUAGACUGUGUGCUGCCUGCAUGUUCAUCCAAUAAACAAGAAAAUGUUCUAAACUCA